UCUGAGGCGCCCUCCUUUGCUGAAGCUCAGCGGUAGCGAGCAAGGCCUGCCUUAUGUAUGGUUAUUGAAACGCAUGUAAGGGCAGCUGAGGAAGAAGGAAAGUGGCAGAAUUCGAAAACAGUUGCCUGGAUCUGCUCGAGAAUAUCAUCUACCUUUUCUUUGUGCCUUUACUACAGUGGUCGAAUGUGUGCUUCCCGGUGAAGAAGUCGAGGGAUCAGCUGGGUUUCCCAACAAUGAGCUCCCAACAAUUUUCAAGGCCAGGGGUACCUACUACUGGCCUUGCUCAAGUACAAGCAACAGGCAGCAGCACAAACCAGACUAAUACAGGGAUCGGAGAAGAAGGCCCUCGAGACUCUGAUCACAGCUUGCGGGACCACAAUCCUACCACUGGCAGUAGCCUUCCUUUUCGAGAUGAAAAGCAGGAGACUGUGGUGGUACGGCCUUAUCCGCAGGUUCAGGCACAUGGUCAGGCCCUUGCUUUAGCUCAGCACCAUUCUCUGCCAUCGGGUACCUCUGUAACUGUCACGGCACCUCCGGCACACCUAACCCAGGCCAUGUCUCUGUCUUUUCCAGAAGGGGUUAUGAAGCCAACCUUGAAGUCUACCAUACCCAGUCGACCCAUUGCUCCAGCACCAACUUCAAGUCAAGGACAUCUGGCUGUACCACCAAAAGUGCCAAGUCAUGUUGCUGUCAGCAUGGAAAGCAGCAUACCUCAAGCUUCUGCGAUUCCUGUAGCAGCUAUUAGUGGGCAACAGGGGCACCCAAGUAACUUGCAGCACUUGAUGGCAGCCAACUUGCAGAUGUCCAUCAUUCGAAACAGCACCCCUACAGCACCCUUACACAUUGCACCCUCUCCAUCAUCACCUCACACCUUUACCUCACAUUUACCAAGAGGAGCUGCUGCAGCGGCUGUGAUGUCCAGCACAAAAAUGACCACAGUUUUGCGACCAGCUUCUGGACCCAGUCCUGGUACAGGUCAAGGAGCAGUGCAGCACAUUAUCCAUCAACCUAUUCAGUCUCGUCCAACAGUAACAACAUCUACUGUUGUUCCACCUGCUGUUGUAGCCACAGUAUCGGCGACAAGAGCCCAGUCACCAGUCAUAACCACAGCAGCAGCAGCUCAUGCUGUGGAUGCAGUGCAUGGGCGCUCUGCACUCACCAUCCAUCCUCCUCCAGCACCUAUCAGCAUUCAGCAAAGGCAGCCACAACCCCGGGAUGCAGCCACUCGUAUUACCCUGCCUACACAUUCAGCUAUUGGCACCCAGAAAGCACAGCUCCCCACAAUGCCACAGAAGUCUCCCUAUAGUGCUCUGGUCUCUGCUACAGUUGCCCCAAUUUUAGCCACCAACAGUGUCCCAUCUCCCACAACAGCAGGCUCUGUUGUGCACACGCAAGCCACCACCAGCACUAUCGUUACAAUGACGAUGCCAUCUCAUUCUUCACACGCUACUUCAGUUACAACCUCUGCUAUUCCAGUGGCAAAAGUGGUCCCACAGCCGUCCUCCAGAAUACAACCGGAUUAUCCAGGAGAAAGAAGCAACCUAAUUUCCAUUUCUGGUCAUCGGUCUUCCCCAAAUCCUGUUCCUAUGGAAGCCAGAAGUGAUAAUAGGCAGUCUGUGCCAGUGCAGUUCUUGCACUACUUGCCUACAUAUCCACCAUAUGCAUACACAUCAGUCACCAGCUCUGUUUCUACCAUGCGCCAGUAUCCAGUUUCUGCUCAGGCUCCCAGUUCAGCAAUAUCUGCACAGCCUGGUGUUGGUGUAGCUUCUACUGUUCAUCUCAGCCCCAUGCAGCUUAUGACAGUUGAAGCAUCUCACCGUAUCGGACUUCAGACAGCUCCAGUUGGAACACAAGGAAUCCAGCCAGCCCAGAUGAACACACCUGGCAUGCAGCCCACUCCCCUUGGGACCCAGGGAUUACACCCAGCUGCACCAAUGGGAACACCGGGUAUCCAGCCAGCUUCCCUUGGCUCACAGCAGCAGAAUGAGUCUAAAACAUCUGUGGUUCUGACUGAUUGUCCGACAUUAGUGGCCAAUCCCAUCAGCAACACGUUCAGCCCCACGCCAGCUGCCACCACAGUAGUACAGACUCCUCCCCAGAAUAUUGGUGCCAACACCCCAACGCUUGUGUCAUCUCCACGGCCCAGCAUUCUCCGUAAGAAACCAACCAGUGAAGGAUCUACAGCCCGGAAAAGUAUCCCACCCCAGGCGGGAGAAGCAACAAGCCCUCGGUUGGACAACACAGUGCGAAGUGCUUCGUGCUCUCCAAGGCCUGCUGGUACCAAGCAGAAACCUGAGCUUCACAUGGCCUUGGCACCACCGGUUACUGCUACUGUUGAAGCAUUGUCUAGCCAGAGUGGGGAGCAGCAGUCCGCCCCACCACCACAGCAUCCACCACAAGCAAUACCAGCAAUCCUAACUGCAUCUGCAGCAGUGACGACGUCACAACCCCCUGUUGCCUUGUCCUCUCUCCCUGCAGCUAUUGCUGUGGCUCCCCCUCUUCCAGUUUCAAUGGCCAAUGUGGUUGCCUCUUCUACCCAGUCAGUAGUAAGCAGUGGCAUAGCUGCCUCCUCUGCAAGCAGCAUUCUUCCAGAGAUCAAAAUCAAGCAGGAGGUUGAACCAACUGAUACAGCACAGCCAGGAACAACAAACGUGUUGGCAUCUCCUGUAAUGGCACCUACAGUGCCUCCUGUCCUUACACCUCUCAGCAAUAGUCUAGGACUUACUGGAACUGACAUGCCCCAUGGAGCUUCCCCACGAAAGAAGCCACGUAAACAGCAGCAUGUAAUAUCCACUGAAGAGACAGAGAUGAUGGAGACCAAUAGUACAGAUGAGGAAAAGGCAUCAUCCAGGCCUUUGGCAGUAAAGGCAGAGAAACGCAAAUCUCCUCCCAAGGAGUAUAUAGAUGAGGAGGGUGUUCGCUAUGUGCCAGUCCGCCCAAGACCUCCUGUUACCUUACUCCGCCAUUAUCGCAAUCCAUGGAAAGCAGCCUAUCACCAUUUCCAAAGAUACAGUGAUAUAAGGGUAAAAGAGGAGAAAAAGUGCACCAUGCAAGAUAUGGCUAAUCAAAAGGGUGUGGUAUGCAGAGCGCAGGGCUGGAAGGUACACUUGUGUGCUGCACAACUGUUGCAACUGGCAAACCUGGAACAUGAUGUAUACAGCCGUCUUACUACAUUACAGGAUGGGCUAAUUCCCAAGAAGAAGGCUGGAGCAGAUGAUGAUUUGCAUCGGAUAAAUGAGCUCAUACAGGGCAACAUGCAACGCUGCAAGCUGGUCAUGGAUCAGAUCACAGAGACCCGUGACGCCAUGAUGAAAGUGCUGGAACACAAAGACCGUGUGAUGAAGCUGCUGAACAAGAAUGGCAGUGCCAAAAAAAUGGCCAAACUAAAGCGCAAAGAGAAGGUGUAAAAUUAUGAAAUAUUAUCCUCUGAGAAAAGGGGAUGUAUUCACUUGCAUCGAGCACCCUUGCCUCUGCCACGGAUUCUGGUCCAGAUUGUUGUAGAACUCUACUUUAUCUUUUCCCCUGUGAACAGUAUUUUGAUUGCUGCAUUGUUCUUACUGCAGUAUCAGCCAAAGCAGAAACGCCCAGGAAUUUUCUCUUGGGAAAAUAACUUUUUGUUGUGUUUCCCUCACUUUUUCUAAACUGAAGGCUUAUAAUACUAUCAUGCUCUACUUUUGUUGUACAUUUGCAUCAUUUUGUCUCUGAUGGAAAGUAACAGCCUGUCUUCAUUUGCUCUCCAAUAAUGAUUUUUUCAAUGGACACAUGAAAUAAGCAGCUUGAUAAGUGGCUAAAGACUGACCACACCUUAGUGUUCUUUUUUUUACAGGAUUGUGACCUGGGCUACUAAAAAUUUUAAUAAGAAAUUAACUCUUUGAUGACUGAUGACUUCAGUUUGUCUUUUACAGGCUCUAGACUAUGAAUUAACGAUCAUUAUUUUAUCAAUUACUACUAUUUAAUUAGUUGACCAUGCACCAUGGGUGCUGGACACCUAUUCCUAAUAUUUAAAUGCAACCCUUUUCACCUUCCAGUUUGUGGGUGUCAAUUGGGGCAAAGUAUGCGCCCACUUUAAAAGGGGUGCAAAUGGCAGCAUCUGUAUCAGAUUUAGCUUUUUUUUUUUUAAUUCCUUUUUAGUUGGUGAUGAAUCUUGUUCUCAUCCUGAAGCCCUUUGUAAAACAGAAAAUACUAAUGUUCAGAACUAGGGAUUCCGGAAUGCUUCUGAUUGUAUUUAGGAGCAAAUGCUUUUUGGAGGUUUUGGGAGGAGCACUAGGCAGAUUGGCAAACAAUCUAUUAUUUAAAAGCACUUCUGCUUUUACUGCCAUUAGGCCUUUUUACUUUAGGAGACAUUAAGCUGUUCCUAAACAGACAACCUUCAGUAUUUGCUGUGUUCAGCACAAUAUGCACCCUCUGUAAACUGUGUCUGUCAGCUGGCCGGACUGAUUUGUGUGUGUGUGUUUUUUUUUUUUUUUUUCCUCUCUUUCAUCCUUUUUUUCUCUUCAGCUCUCAGUUUACAUUUCAUUUGCCAUUCAUGGCUGCAAAAAAGAACUAGUUUGAGGUCACCCCAUUAGCUUAGGUUGUUUCAAGGCCAACAUGCCUAGAUUUGUUCAAAAUGCUGCCUUGUUCAAAGUCUCAGGCGUGUUCACCAAGUCAGUGGCGUAUCUGUAAUUAAUCUGCAGUAUGCUGGUGCUAUAGAGGGGUUAUAAUGACAUGAAUUGGGGGGUGGGAGGGGAAAUGAAAUACUUGGAAAGUUUGGGAAGGGUGAAAAAGCAGCCUGCAACAGCUUUGAUGAAAGAAAUGGUUGUGGCAAAGCUGAAAAGUGUUUGAAUUUUUCUUCAAGUAAUGGAGGAAGUUGUUUUUUUUUUCUCUCAUUAAAAUGUACAGAUUUAUCUAGUUCCUCUGUAAAUUAGAAUUUUUGUUUUGUAAAGCAGUCCAACUAAAGUGUUGGAAUAAAAUCCUGUGAUAUUUCUGGUAGUGCUUUAGUGUGUCAAAAAAUGUGCUGUAUGUUAAGUCUCAAUUAAGUCUUUUUACAAAAAUAAAAAAAUGAAUUUCUA